UGGGCGUCCCCGGCCCCAAGAUGGCUGCCUUUUGGCGUCUCCAGCGCUGUUGAAUGGAGAAAGCUUUAUUGUUCCCUUCGGGCAGGAGUGUUCGUGUUCUCUAUGGCGCUGUCAAUAAAGAACGGCAGUUUGAAUCGGUACUGAACAGACAGAAACUCAAGUAUCCUAGAGUCACUUCAAACUGUGUGUCCAAGGACAACUUUAAACUUCGGAUCCUCCUCCCUCUACGUCUUGAGUUCCGGGUUUACGAUUAUUGGACUUGGUGGAGUCUGAAGGUCUAGAGGAAGGGUUCGAGGGUGGCGCCACACCAUGGAACUCCCUAACUACAGCCAGCAGCUGCUUCUGCAGCUCUACGCCCUGUGCAAGGAGCAGCGGUUCUGUGAUUGCACCAUUUCCAUCGGCAACAUCUACUUCAGGGCGCACAAGCCAGUCCUGGCAGCAGCCAGCCUCCUGUUCAAAACCCUGCUGGAUAGCACAGAUGCCAUCUCCAUUGAUGCAUCGGUGGUGAGCCCUGAAGAGUUUGCCCUCUUGUUAGAAAUGACAUAUACCGGCAAGCUACCUGUGGGCAAGCACAACUUCUCCAAGAUCAUCUCCUUAGCAGAUAGCCUGCAGAUGUUUGACGUGGCUGUUUGUUGUAAAAAUCUUCUGACCAACCUCGUAAACUGCUCUGUCCAGGGGCAGGUGGUAAGGGAUAUCUCAGUGCUGUCCUCGGAGGCAGGUGGCAAGGAAUCAGAGAAGCCUCAAGUAGACGUCCUUUCCUCUGAAGGUGCUGGGGAGCCCUCUUCUUCCCUGGAAGUUUCUGCCAUGCCAGCAGGCACUGAGAAAGCCAAGACCCAGGAAGUAAUUCACGUGGUUACUCAAGAGAUAAGUGCAGACCCUCCCAUUGCCCAAGAGGUUCAGGUGGCUGCGGAGAUCACAGGGGCGACUCCUCACACAACCGAAGUUUGUUCCCCUCUCCCUGCUGGACAGAUCCCAAGUGAGGCAAAGGCAGCCAGUACAGAAGCAGGGUGUGAGAGGAAGCAGGACCAACUGACUCUCCUGCUAGAACAUGAAAGUGUCUUCUCAAGUGCAGCCUUGCUCCCCCCGGCCAUGCUGAGGAGACUGGAAGGAUGCUCUGAGAUUGAAGGGCCUCAGAAGGAGACCGUAAUGGAAUGUCUCAAGGCCGAAGGAGGAGGCUCAGCAUUCCAGAGAAUCCUGGACAAAGUGCACGAUGGGAGCCUGGAUGUGCAGGUGGCCCUGUCUCUGAUGAGACUAUGCCAGGAGUCCACACCUGCAGAGAAAGUGUCUCAGAUUGAAGGGAGCGCAGGAGAGGGAAAGACCUUGUCUGUUCUGUUACUAGAACACAAAGAGGACCUGAUCCAGUGUGUAACACAGCUCAGACCUAUUGUGGAGUUCCUGGAAACAGCCAAGGAGGAAUUCCUGCCAGACUCGGAAAAAAGGGUGAUUCAGAUCUGCUGUGAGGGCAGAACACCCAAGGAGACGAUAGAGAAUUUGUUGCACAGAGUGACGGAAGAGAAGACCCUGCCUGCCAAGAGUCUGGUAAAACUCCUCCAGGCUGUGAGGACAGCAUUCCCAAACCUGGGCCUCCUGCUGGAGAAUUUGCAGAAAGUAGCGGAAUCACCUGGCACCACAGGCCUGACCAGAGCUACCCGUGAAACUGCAUGGACAGAGGAGCCCAAGAGAUUGUGCAUUCCAGCGGACAGUGUGGAUGGAUCCUCCCCCAACCCUGAUGCCUACGGAGCCGAGCUGUUGAGAAAGUACCAUGAAAACCUGUCUGAGAUUCUCAUAGACAGCCAGGUGCUGCUAAAGGUGAUCUCACGGCUGAAGAGCUUAGCCCCCGGAGACAGAGAGGUCAUGCAGACCCUCGUGAAACAGGACUCUGGCUCGGGUGGCUUCAGUUCCCUGAUGUCAGCAGCUCUGGAAAGGCAGACUGUCUCUGCAGCGGCCAUUUGGCAGCUGCUGUUAGCGGCUCAAGAGACCGAGACCUGCCCGCUGAACCUGCUCUUGGAGGAAGUAGAGAGGGAGCCUGGCGCUGGGGCUUUCUUCCGGGCAGUAACUGCCCCAGAGAGCACGGUGUUGGAAACCAUCCUGAGGCAUAGCAAGCUGGUCCGCGAGGCCAUCCAGCAGACAGUGGGGCGUGAACACCUUUCUUCAGAGGAAGAGCAUCUGGCAGAGACUGUGAAAGAGAUGCUGAGCAUAUCCUCCGAGACGGUGAGCCCUGAAGCCUCCCUGAGAGUGGUGCUGAGCAGGGCCAUGGAGAAAUCCGUCUCAGCCUCUGUGGUCUGUCACCUCCUAUGCAGUGUCCACAAGUCUUUCCCUGGCCUGCAGCCCCUCAUGCAGGAGUUGGCACUUGUUGGUUUCCUUACCAAGGAGAAUGCAGAGGAGAGGUGGAAGGUGACCGACGGGCUUCACCCUGGAGCCAAGCACAAAACGGAGGAGGCAGCCAACACAGCCGGAGAAGAUGGCCAGGCCAUGGAACAAAAGGAGCAGGGACCUGAGCCUGUGCCAGAGCGGCAGGAGAAAGACACUUCUGCCUCCCCAGACUCUGCCAAGAAGAGCUUCGUCUGCAAAGCCUGUGAUAAGAGCUUCCAUUUCUACUGCCGUCUGAAGGUGCACGUGAAGCGCUGCCGGGUGGCCAAGAGCAAGCAGGUGCAGGGCAAGGGUGACAGUGACACCAGGGACUCGGAGAAGGAGCUGGGGAGGCAGCAGCCCGAGGCCCGCAGCGCGGGUGCAGAGCCCGAUGCUCCCAAGAAGAAGAAGAAGCGGCUGCCAGUGACGUGCGACCUCUGCGGAAGAGAGUUCGCCCACGCCUCAGGCAUGCAGUACCACAAGCUGACGGAGCACUUCGACGAGAAACCUUUCUCCUGUGAGGAAUGUGGGGCGAAGUUUGCAGCCAACUCUACCCUAAAGAACCACCUGCGCCUCCACACCGGGGACCGCCCGUUCAUGUGCAAGCACUGCCUCAUGACCUUCACACAGGCCUCGGCCCUGGCUUACCACACCAAGAAGAAGCACUCGGAAGGGAAAAUGUACGCAUGCCAGUACUGUGAUGCUGUGUUCGCCCAGUCGAUCGAGCUGUCUCGGCAUGUGAGGACCCACACCGGGGACAAGCCGUAUGUCUGUAGGGACUGUGGAAAGGGCUUCCGGCAAGCCAACGGCCUCUCCAUCCACCUGCACACCUUCCACAACAUAGAAGAUCCUUAUGAUUGCAAGAAAUGCAGGAUGAGCUUCUCCACACUGCAGGAUCACCGGAAGCACAUCCACGAAGUGCACUCCAAGGAGUACCACCCCUGCCCCACAUGUGGGAAGAUCUUCAGUGCCCCUUCCAUGCUGGAGCGCCACAUGGUGACCCACGUUGGAGGGAAGCCCUUUAGCUGUGGGAUCUGCAACAAGGCCUAUCAGCAAUUGUCAGGUCUGUGGUACCACAACCGGACACACCACCCAGAUGUGUUCGCUGCUCAGAACCAUCGGUCACCCAAGUUCUCAUCACUGCAGUGCAGCUCCUGUGACAAGACCUUUUCCAACACCAUCGAGCACAAGAAGCACAUCAAAACAGAGCACGCAGAUCUGAAGUUCCAUGAGUGUGGCCAGUGUAAGGAGCUCUUCCCCACACCAGCUCUGCUGCAGGUUCACGUCAAAUGCCAGCAUUCAGGGUCACAGCCAUUCCGGUGCUUGUACUGUGCGGCCACUUUCCGCUUCCCUGGAGCACUGCAGCACCACGUCACCACAGAGCACUUCAAGCAGUCAGAAAGCACCUUCCCCUGUGAGCUCUGUGGCGAGCUCUUCACCUCCCAGGCCCAGCUUGAUGGCCACUUGGAGUCUGAGCACCCAAAGGUGACAGGCACUGAGACCCAGGCAGCUGCCUCUCGCAUGGUGCAGGUGAUCCAAGCUCCAGAGCCAGCAGCCCCGGCCGAGCAGGUGAUCACGUUGGAGGAGACGCAGCUUGCUGGCUCACAGGUGUUUGUGACCUUGCCAGACCCACAGACCUCCCAGAACAGCUCUGAGCUUGUGGCAGUGACGGUGGAGGAUUUGCUGGAUGGUACUGUCACUUUGAUCUGUGGUGAAGCCAAGUGAGUGGCUGCUCCUUCAGUAGAGGAGCCUGUGUUGGACCAGCACGGAUGCCCACGGCCUACCUCUGCUGCUUAGCUAAGCUCCGCCCUGGUGCUCUCACGGGGAAGACAGAGGCUUUGUCAUUUUCCUGGGAUCCAGUGUCUGAGCUAACCACACUGAUGCCAGCACUACUGCCCUUCGUGGCAGAGAGCCUCAGCCCUCCAUGCCUGCAUUCCCCCACCCCAGGGAAGUCUGGCUUCUGGAGUCAGAGCCUGAGGGAAUCCAGGGUGGCCAAGGAGAUACAGCAUGCUGGCCGCCCUCAGGAGCAGGGCAGUUACCUGAGUCUGAGCCAACAGGGGGCCACAGACACCACCAGUGCCUCUGCCAGUAAAGCACCCACACAGCCUCCAGGGACCCCAGCGUGGCAGCUGUCCUCCCUCCACGCCUGCCCCGGCUCAGGUUCCCUUUGGAGGCUGUAAAACACGUGUUAAAAGUGCAGGUCACCAUUGGCUUCCCCAAUCCUCCCUGCUCUGUCUUUCUCAAAACAAAGCUUUAGAGCAUUGCCACUGGGAGGCCGCUUCCUGUGAGGUCACCCAGCUGCCUCUGCCUUCCUGGGUGUUCAUCAGAGCCUCCCUGUGAGCUUCAGGCCUUCCACAUCUGCUAAUCAAGGCUGAACCGCCUCAGCCCGGAGACCUCUUGCUGACUUCCUCUGUACCGUGUGAUAGCCUAAUGAACCAGCUUGUGGGGGCAGGCCUGUGCCUGCAUGUGAUGGAUUAGCAGCAUCUGAGGUGGCCUCUGCUUCUCCUGUCACUGGCCUGCAUGUCUGGUGCAUGGCCUGCUCUCUGGGAUCCCCAGGCUGCAUACUUACUGCAGCACCAUGCUUCUUUCAAGUCUGAGUGUCGCAGAGCCUCUCAUCCUUAGUUCCUGACGUGCGGUCUGUAAUUGAUGGCUUGUGGAAUCCGGUUGGAAGGGCAAUUAGAUGGAUGUUGGUUCCUGCUGCUUAGAGAGAAGGGCUUGCAUUUAUCUUCCCUUUCUAGAAGCCUGAAGAGAGGAGUGGGUUAUCACAGUAUUUGCCCAUUCGGCCCGGCUCCCUGUCACCUGUGUGGCUGACUCCCUGCAGAGGGAACACCCUGAUUUGGUACUCACCUUUAGCCACCUGCUAUCAAAGAUAAGCGCACGCAGCUUCCUGCCAAGUGCAGCUCACAUGAGCUUGUGCAGAGAUGUGGGUCCAGUGUGGCCAUGGUGAAGGUGCAUUGCCCCGUCCCUCAGCUGCCUCACAGGAGGACACGAAGUAGCAGCGUAACCCACAGCAGUGUCUAAGGGCUGCUGCCCUUUGGCCUCAGCUUGGCACAGGCAGUACUGGUGAGUGUCUAAGCUGGACACCAGCUCUGGCCAGCCUCUCCUGUCAACCCUGCCCUCCUCAUUCCAGAUGCAAAUCGUUUGAACUUACCAGCUAGGGAAUCUUCCCUUUCUAAAAGUCAAUGUUUUUCAAACGUGUCAGCCUCAGAAACCAAACACUGACCAGAAGAUGGUGCUCAAGCAUCAAAACUUCGCCUCCCUGGUUUCUCCACUGCAGUCCUAGUCUGCUGGCUUUCAGACCUGUGCCAGCCGACCAGGGGAGCUCUUGAUCUCUAAGUGGUGAACAGUUCCUCAGUCCAUCUGCGUCAAGUAACCCACUAAAAGACAGCGGAGGGGCACAUGUGUCCAGGCCCUGUCAGGAACAGCACGUCACAGGCUGUGGAGGACUUAGGAACUGUGUAGUGAGUGUCACCAAAAAGUCUCUUCCUGGUGACAGGCAAACCUUGCAGAGGUCCUGUGUGAGAAAGUCCAUUUUUAAAUAUAAAGAGCUGUAAGUUAGAAGCCUGAAUGUCAGGCCCUUUCCAGCCUGAGGACCUGGGUGGUGUGCAGGCACGUGCAGUCAGCAGACAUGGUUUGCUACAGAGAGCCUUGGGCAGGUAGGCUUGCUGCCGUUCCUUGGAUGCCCAGCUCUGGAUUACACACGGCUGGAGGCACAGCAGUGCUGGGUGUGGAGUAUGGAGAACUCCUGUCUUCCACGAGUUCUGUGCUGGUGACGUGUGACCUCUGCCCCAGCUGCUGACUUUUUACAGUGGCUCUGAAGAAGGUGAAAGUCUCCACCUACUGCCCCAGAGACCUGCCACAUGGGCCUCCUUAGUCCACAUUGCUUUUGCAAUGGAAAUGUGGUUCCAUUUGCCUCAUCUUCUUGAAUACUGCCUGCCUAGCCCUUGGGCAGCAGCUCGAGCAGUCUGUGGAUCCCUUGGAACUUGUGUAUUUGAGCAGUGGGACCCCAAUUCAGCCACCAAAGAGGGGAAGGCAGAUGCCAAGCAGGAGUCCAGUUGGCCCAUCACUGGUGUAAGGACAGCAAACUGGUGACUGAAGAGCAGCCUACUGUGAGCAGGAGAGAGCUGCUGUCCUACUGUGAGCAGGAGAGACCUGCUGUCCAAAUGCGUGAGCAGAACCUAGGCCAGCGCAGAUAAAGGUCUUUCUCGGGUGUUUUACAGGACUGGACUCUUGUGUCUUCUAAGCUGUACGUCGGAAAAGCUCUGAGUUCAGUCCGUACCCAAGCCCGUGGUGUGAGUUCUGGGCCCGUGUGUUGUACUGGCCCAUGCUGACCCCAGGAGAGGCCUCAGCCUUGUCCCUGAGCACUGAUGGUUAGGGCUGGGCUGAGGGACAGACAGAUGUAAACGAGGGGAAAGAUCUCUGUGUCCUGGGGACAGGAGGGUGGGCCUUUACAUUUCUUGUGCCUGGGAACCUGAACUGACAAAGGACGGAGCACUAAGGCCCCACUUAGAGUGCGCUCGUUGGGAACAGCAGUGUCUCUUGGAGCUGGAAAGUCGGCCAGUGGUGGAGAUGACACUGGUUUGCUCCAGUCAGCCUCUCCCAUCCCAGCUUUGUUCUGGGUCCUGUAUGUCCCAGCAGAUGACACUCGGAAGAGAUUGGGAGUAAAUGACUUAGGGCUGAGGGAGUCAAAGGCAGGUUCACAGUUUUGUUGCUGUGGAAACCUUGGGGGCACUGAGGACUACGCUAAAAACUCCGAACCUCAAACUUACUCAGUCUAACUGGGCCUCUAGAGAAGAGGGGAGUGGUGAGUUCUUUGCGGACCGACGAUGUUGUUGAGGAAAUCAUUCCGUGAGCAAGUUUACAUCAUCUCCAAACGGUGAGGCUGGCCGUGGUUUCCCUGAGCAAGGCUGCUGGUGCUUGUUUCCACCAUGGCCAAGACAGCCAGCCCCAGGAGAUGUGUGAACUGGAUUGCAAACUAGAACUGCUCAACAUGCACUGUGGCUAGAAAUAAAGUCUGUGCUUUGGAAGCAGCUGUGGUUUGUGU